CGGGAUGUACACCCCGGGCGGGCCGGGGCUGCCCGGCGGCAGGCGGCGGGGCCGCGGCGGGGCGGCGGGCGGCGGCCUGCCCAAGCAGCCGGAGCGCAGCCUGGCCUCGGCGCUGCCCGGGGCGCUCUCCAUCACGGCGCUCUGCACGGCGCUGGCCGAGCCCGCCUGGUUCCGCAUCCACGGCGGCACCUGCGCCCGCCAGGAGCUGGGCGUCGCCGAUGUCCUGGGCUACGUCGAUCCCGAGCUGCUGCGAGAUUACUGCAUGAACCCUCAGACAGUCCUGCUGCUCCGGGUGAUUGCUGCCUUCUGCUUCCUGGGCAUCAUCUGCAGCCUCUCAGCUUUCCUGCUGGAUGUCUUUGGCCCCAAGCACCCAGCCCUGAAGAUCACUCGGCGCUACGCCUUCGCUCACAUCCUCACAGUCCUGCAGUGUGCCACUGUGAUUGGGUUCUGCUACUGGGCCUCAGAGCUGAUCCUGGCCCAGCAGCAGCAGCACAAGAAGUACCAUGGCUCCCAGGUCUACGUCACCUUCGCCGUCAGCUUCUACCUGGUGGCCGGGGCCGGCGGAGCCUCCAUCCUGGCCACCGCUGCCAACCUCCUGCGCCACUACCCCACCGAGGAGGAGGAGCAGGCCCUGGAGCUCUUCUCUGAGAUGGAGGAGAAUGAACCUUACCCAGCUGAGUAUGAAGUCAUCAACCAGUUCCAACCUCCCCCAGCCUACACCCCCUGAGGCCGCCGGCCUCGCCGCCGCCGCCUCCUCCUCCUCCUCGACGUCUCCUCCAGGCUCUUCUGACCUCCCUCCCCCCCCAGCAGAGGGAGAGGAACUUUGGGUGGGUUUUAUUUAGGGUCAGAGCAUCCAUUUUUAUGUUGU